AUGCCCGCGAAAAAAGCACCGACCAAAGCCGCGACGCUCAACACCGCUAUACCUCGCGGAGUUGUGAGUCAAGGACGUGGUAUAUCCCCGUCGCCGACGUCGCCAUCGAAGAACCCAUGGAAUGCUUCCAUGACCGCAGACGGACGUUGGUCUCCUUUCCCAGCAUACGCAGCGGUGGUGUCCCGCAAUGCCUCUCCUAGCCGUGUAACCCCAACACUCCCAGAGGCUAGUACGGCCGCGGCCAUACCAGCGAACCACCCUCUGCCCCAGACGCCGGUCCUCCGCCCGGUCCACGCGGACGGCGACAUACCGCACCUCGACCUAGAGCAGACCCCCGUCAUACCAGCAGCGGGCGAACCCGCAGCCAACAGACCCGAGAACGCCGGGACCACGCCAGCUAUCGAGCCCCCAGCCCCCAUGUCGUCUCCCGGUAGCCCGCUCGCCCUUGCGGCUCGCAGGAAGAAGGACAAGGGGAAGAAAAAGGCCGCGCCCAAGAGGGCGCACGAGGCCGCUACCUCCUCCAUCGGCAUGGGCCCUCCACCGUCGACCGCCGCUCAGGAAACUCGCGUUGUCAGCGACGCCCGAAAGCGCCGCCGAGUCACGGGCGACAACGGCGACGAAGGUAGCAUAGGAGACCCUGCCCGUGUGCAACCGUCCCCAAGUACUGUACGUCGCCUGGAAGAGAUGGCUGAGGCCGAGAGGGUGGCCGAUAGCGAAACAGCGAUGAAUGUCGAGCCACCGGAAGGUGACGAUGUACGCCCAUCAGCAUCCCACUUCAUCUACUACAACGGCAUCGAUGCGUCCCUGAUAACCGAGAACCACCGCCCACACCCGGCUCCUCUACCCCCUCGCACUCCCUUCAGGGCGCCGGCGGGACCGUCACACACGGGCCCAAGGCGCGAUGCGGCCCCACACAUGGACGUCCGAAACGGGGACACUCUCGAGCCAUGGAUCCCCCAGGCCAGGCCCUACCCACCCCCCGAUGCCCUGACGCAGCAGAACGAGCCAUCAGGCAACCGCGUAGCACCUGCUCGACCGCACACUAGCACGGCUCGCACACGACCCGCGAACGCCUCCAGGCCGGCAACCCGCCAGCACGCCGGUGGGCCACGAGCUGUAUCCCACGUUGCCAACCCGCCGAGAGUAGACUCCCCCUUCGCAGCCCAGCAACGCCAAAGAACGCCUAUGGCCGAGAGGAUUUUCCCCCCUCCUACGCGUGCCCACGAUGUGUUCUGGCUCCCGAACACUCCACACCCACCUCAGCAGCCUCCUCGCACUCCCGCACCACUAUUCCCACAGCCUCUGGAGCCCGUCUUUUGGCGAACACCCCUCACAAGGACCGCCUUUGAGCCGGAAAGAGCGAUCGGGCGCCCACUCUCCCCCGGAGACCCUCGCGCCCUCUUUCAUCAUCCUGCUGAGGUGGUCUUCCCGCCGUACGUGCCCCUACCGCCCCCACCGGCCCGUCAUAACGCGACUCCAGGACCCGCGAGAAUCCCGGUUGCCGCUCCUGCACCACGUCGCCCGCCCACUUUCGAGCCCCAGGACGUUGUGAUGGAGGAAGCCCACGUGCUCCCGCCGUUCGCUCAGAACUAUGAACCACCCCCGAUGCCCAUCUUCGACGUGCGCGCGGGCCCACCUUACCAUGAUCAGAGACCAGUGAGCGAAAACAGGAACCACGGCCCACAACCGAUCCUCGUUGGUCCGAGAGCCCCGAUCAACCUAAACUCGUUACCGAUGACCCUGUCGGACGAAACCCCCGCACCACCUGGCGGAUGGCGCAUCAUCGCAGGCGGCUUCGACCCAUUCUGGAAGGUCGAAGGCGUAUCGAGGACCCAGAUUGACGACUGGAACGCGCGCAACCAACCUGCUGUCUUCCUCACAAUGCCGCAACGAAGCACGCUCGACGCAGGUGGCUACGAAUGUCGCCUCGCGAUGGAACGCACCCUACGCCGGCUAGGCAUCCCUCAACCGGAAAUCGAGUUCCCCGACCCGGAGAACGAAAAGAAGGCGGACAACAAGCCGCCGCACUGGUGCGUAGCCUUCGGCCCUACCGCAGAACAGUGCCGUCAACUCGUCGCCAAGCGAUGGGUGUCUACCUCGGACGCCACCUUCGGGAUAGUUGAGUACUCCUUCGACACAUCACACUUCGUCGGAUUCUGGGGCGGCCUCGAAUACUUCGAUGACAUGAGCUUGGAGGGUAUGCGCGCAGCUUUCCGCAAGGCGCUCGACCGGCUUCUCGCUGAAGGUAACCUACGCGACAUCAUCCAGCACGACAUAGACACCAUGGGUCGAUGGCGCGGCCAGACAGUCGACUACGCUUUCGCCUACAUACGGGAGUCUGUCUACGUCGACCUACUCGAAUGCUUCGGUCCGCAACGUCGCCCGAACACCCUGGUUCGACUGUAUUGCGAACCACCCACGUCGACGCUCACCGAGUGGGUCGAUUUCCGUCGCGACCUCCAAGCGUGCCGCCUGAGCAGGCCCGGCGCGAAGUCACCCAUGCCCGUCGACAUGAAGGUCCGAUGCUCCUACUGCCACACGGUUGACCACCCAACCGGCCUGUGCUACCUUCCGGGAGUCAAGCACUGGCAUGGCCCGGAACCUGACAAGUCCUCCGACGAACCAACUGCGGUGAAGCAUCAGCCUCAGAAGUCCCGUAACAACACGUCGAGCGACCGCGGCGGUGCUAGGGGCAGAGGUGGAUACAACGCAGACCGUGGUCGUCGUGGCCGAAGCUACUAA